UGAAGCUGAGCCCAUGUCUUAUCCUGUUGUUUAGACAAUUUCAAUAGAGCCAUUUUCUUUCAACAAAUCCGAUACUUCUGCACACACAACCUCAGCUUGCCAAAAUAAAAUUUUUUCACCUAUCAUAUCACAUAUAUAAAUACGUCAAUUCCUUAAUAUAUUCAUGUCACACUCGGCCACGGUAAUCUAACACUAUUAUGUAUGCUGUCAUGUCAUCUUUCGCUCAAAGUCGCACAAAAGUUUUUGACAUCUAUGCGCAACAUUUCAAAAUCUCCACAAAGAAACGUAGAAACCAUGUAUCGAGUUAAAUUGAGAAAAUCCGUUGCGGUUCAAACACAUUCCUCCAGUUUUUCCAACAUAGAGGUUGCCAGUCAAACUUCAUCGGAAGGUAUAUCCUAUUCACGAAAACAGCGACUACAACAGAGUCCUUUCACUACGUACGACGACCUGAAAGAAUCGAUUUUUUCCUCAAAAGAUUUUCUAUUCCAAUGGCUUAAAGACCGCCAGUUAAUAGCCGCCGAACAGCUUUGUCCACAAUGUGACUCCGUCAUGACCUGGACUGAAACAACAGAUCGAAAGGAUGGCUAUAAAUGGCUUUGCCGCAAAACAACAAAUGGUAAACGACAUCGAGUGGAAGUGAGCAUAAGGAAAGGAAGUUGGUUUGAAAAAAGCAACUUUACCGUUGAAGAAAUAAUAAAGUUUACAUACUGGUGGACAGUCGAUCUUACUCAGUCGCAAAUCGUUCAACAACUUGGCUUCGCAUCAAAUUCAGGAGUUGACUGGGACAUGUUCUGUCGGGAAGUUUGCGAAGUUGUCAUGCUACAAGAAUCUCUUCCGAUAGGUGGCCCGGGAAAGGUCGUUCAAAUCGACGAGUCUAAAAUCGGUAAACGUAAGUAUCACAAAGGUCACAGGGUCGAAGGCCAAUGGGUAUUCGGAGGGAUUGAAAACGAAUCCAGAAAAUCGUUCAUAUUUGCGGUUGAGAAGAGAGAUGAAGCCACACUUCUGCCAUUAAUCAAGAAGUGGAUUCUUCCUGGCACGAAAAUCGUCUCUGAUUGCUGGAAGGCUUAUAUAAACUUAGAAAAACAUGGCUACGUCCACGCAACAGUCAAUCACUCGAAAGAGUUUGUGAAUGACGAUGGCGAUCAUACAAACAGAAUUGAAGGCCACUGGCGGCAAAUGAAAGUUGCUCUUCCGACCCAUGGACGAAGGAAGCAUCAUUACUCAUCUUACUUGGCAGAGUUUGUAUGGCGUUAUACUCAUAGAGGGGAGAACUUAUUUAACACAUUCUUGCAAGACAUUGCUAAGAUUUAUAAAGUUUGA